ACAUAUCGAAUUUCUGAUUCUGCAAGAUUUUUGGGUUUUUCACGAAGAAAACACACGAACUUCCAAAUUUCGACAUUGCUAUGUUACUUCCUUGUGAUUUGUAAAUUAGGAUAGUUAUUACGAUGAUUACGCUUAAUAGAAAGUUAAAAAAAGAACAUACGGAGCCUAGCAAUGGUAUUACUACGGAACCGUGUAAAAGAAUCUCUGUGAGGGACAAGUUGUUGGUGAAAGAAGUGCAAGAGAUGAAUGAGAACCUGCCGACAACGUGUACGGUGACGUUUCAGGACCCCAACACGUUAAACGAGUUCAUUCUGACGGUAAAACCUGACGAAGGUUAUUGGAGUGGAGGCAAGUUCAAGUUUAGCGUAUUUGUAACAGAAGACUAUAAUAUGGCGCCACCUAAAGUGAAAUGUCUCACGAAGUUAUGGCACCCAAACAUCAAUGUAGAUGGGGAUAUCUGUCUAUCUCUCCUGCGGCAGACCUCAAUAGAUGAACAUGGAUGGGCACCGACGCGGAGAUUGAAAGAUGUUGUAUGGGGCCUCAACUCUUUAUUUACGGACCUUUUAAAUUUCGAAGACCCUCUUAACAUAGAAGCUGCAGAGAUGUACAGGAAGAAUAAAACAGAGUUCCAAAGCAAGGUUCAAGAGUACAUAGCUAUUGCCAAGGGCAAUAGAUGAAACUUGUGUUACCCACUGUUCGUAGCCACCCUGGUAACAUUACUCUCUCUCCAACACUUCAUACAUCACCAUGUUUUGUAGUCAAAAUGUAAUUAAUACUCCAAAAGUGAUAUCUUGCUUUCUAAGGAACAGGUUCUCAAGUUUUAAUUAGGUCUGUUCACAAUGGUCCUAAUUCCUGCAGAUGCCAUCUAAUUUUAUUUUAAUUUAUACCUGUCACUUUCUUAUCCGUUGAAAAAGAAUGGGACAGGUAAUCGACAGGCAUAAAAUGUAUGGAAUACACAUCAAUUUUGAGCAGAAAUCUAAAUCUAAAACAACCGUCUAAUAGUUUUACAUCGGCCAAUAACCCGACAGAGUUAAGUAGACAGCACGUCAAACAGGUUCCAUACCCGCGAGAUGCCUAUUUUAUUCGCCCGUGUCAUUCAUUCGUUUUAAAAUUAACUUGUUGUCAAUCAUCCGUCCCUUUCCUUUUCGGCGGAUAAGAAAAUUACGGGUAUAACUUAAAAUAAAAUUAGGAGGUGUCUGCAGGAAUUUGGGCCAAUGCCUCUUAUGAAUUUUAUUAUUUUAUAAUAUAUAAAUCAUGCGAAUUUUAUUAAUCUAUUGGAAUGCCCAAAAGCCUUAUGCCUGUAAUUACUUAUGUUGUGUAAUUAUUAGUGUUUUGUUUGUGUAUGAAAUGUCUGGUGCUGGUAAGCAGCUGAAGUGAGGACAUCUUGUGUUGGUUGUGAGAUCAAUGACCAACUUUAUCAAGUCAUUAUUAUUAUAUCUAGAUAGUUUGAUAAUUUCACACCUUGAAUAAUAUAAUACAAUGUCAGACAGUCCUUGAUAUAAUCAGUCACUAUCAUUUUUUUGUGUCCACAAAGUUUGUUUUUCGGGAUUGAAUAAAAUAAAUAACGAUUUUAUUAAAUUAA